AUGACCCUGUUCAUCCUCACCGAAACCAGCGCAGGUUAUGCCCUGCUCAAGGCCAAGGACAAGAAGAUUCUCAAGAAGGAGGAUCUGGCCACUGAGGCUUCUACUCCUGAGGGCGUGUCGAACUUGCUUAAACUGAAGAGCUUCAAGAAAUUCGACAGCGCCGCUACUGCUCUUGAGGAAGUUGCUUCUCUCGUUGAAGGAAAGGUUUCUCCUCGUCUUGCCAGCCUGCUUGACGAGAUCAAGGAUGAGAAGAAGGUGUCUUUGGCCGUUGCGGACCCCAAGCUGGGUAACGCCAUUGGCAAGCUUCCCGACCUUUCCAUUCAAUUGAUUGCCGACUCGUCAACCACCGACAUCUACCGUGCCAUCCGCGAGCACCUACCUACAUUAAUCCCUGGUCUCCUUCCUCAGGACAUGUCUACGAUGUCUCUCGGUCUGUCGCACUCUCUUGCCAGACACAAGUUGAAGUUCUCGCCCGACAAGAUCGAUACUAUGAUUGUCCAGGCCAUUGCCCUCCUGGACGACUUGGACAAGGAGUUGAACACCUAUGCCAUGCGUGUGAAGGAAUGGUACGGAUGGCACUUCCCUGAAUUGGCCAAGAUUUUGAAUGACAACCUCGCCUACGCGCGCCUUGUUCUGAAGAUGGGUAUGCGCGCCAACUGGGAGUCGUCUGAUCUCGCCGAGAUCCUGCCUGAAGAAAUUGAGGGUGCCGUCAAGAACGCGGCAGACCGCUCCAUGGGUACUGAGAUCAGCCAGGAUGACUUGGAGAAUAUCCAGGCUUUGGCCGAACAGGUUGUCGGCUUCUCUGAGUACCGUCAGCAGCUUGCCAGCUACCUCACUUCGCGUAUGAACGCGAUCGCACCCAACCUGACUGCUCUUGUUGGCGAAUUGGUUGGCGCUCGUCUCAUUGCCCAUGCCGGUAGCCUUACCAACCUUUCCAAGAGCCCUGCCUCUACCCUCCAGAUCCUUGGUGCCGAGAAGGCCCUGUUCCGUGCCUUGAAGACCAAGCACGACACCCCCAAGUACGGUCUCAUCUACCACGCUUCGCUGAUCGGUCAGGCCACCGGUAAGAACAAGGGUAAGAUGGCAAGAGUGCUCGCCGCCAAGGCCUCGCUUGGUCUGCGUGUCGAUGCUCUCGCCGAGUGGGACGACGACGCUACCGAGGAGGACAAGUCCGCCCUCGGUACCGAAGCCCGCUACAACCUCGAGCGCAAGCUCGCCGGUAUGGAAGGCAAGCCCAUCAAGCCCCGCGGUGUUGCCAUCGCCCCCAACGGCGCCGCCGUUCAGCCCAAGAAGUUUGAGCUCAACGAAGCCCGGAAAUACAACGCCGACGCCGACGCUCUUGACAGUGACGAGCCCGCCUCGGCCAAGAAGUCCAAGGGCGACAAGAAGCUCAUUGAGGAAGUCCAAGAUGAGGAGAUGGCCGACGCUGGUGAGGAGGAGUCUGACGACUCCGACGAUGAAGACUCGGGCAAGAAGAAGUCCAAGAAGAGCAAGGAUCCCGAACUCGAAAAGGCAGCAGAAAAGGCCGGCCUGAGCGUGAAGCGAUACCAGCGCAAGCUCGAACGAGGCGAGAUCACAUUCGACGCGGACGGUAACCCGACCGCAGUCAGCAAGAAGGAUCUAAAGAAGGCUAAGAAGGAAUCCAAGAAGUCGUCUAAGGACGACGAGAAGAAGCGCAAGAGGAAAGACGAGUCCGAGGCCGCCGACGACGGCGAGAAGAAGAAGAAGAAGAAGCGGAAGAGCGAUGCUUAA